AUGCGACGCAUGCAUCUAUCUAUCUGUAUCCAUCCCCAGGUAGAGAAGAAGCGUUUUAACCUGUCUGGGACUCUGAACAGUCCUCCCUGUGCCUCCACACACUGCCACACCUACGGGUGGUGCUACACACACCUUCCUCCAGGGGGCUUCCUCCUGCUCAUCCCCACUACCUUCCUCCAGGGGGCUUCCUCCUGCUCAUCCCCACUACCUUCCUCCAGGGGGCUUCCUCCUGCUCAACCCCACUACCGUCCUCCAGAGGGUUUCCUCCUGCUCAUCCCCACUACCUUCCUCCAGGGGGCUUCCUCCUGCUCAUCCCCACUACCUUCCUCCAGGGGGCUUCCUCCUGCUCAUCCCCACUUCCUUCCUCCAGGGGGCUUCCUCCUGCUCAUCCCCACUACCUUCCUCCAGGGGGCUUCCUCCUGCUCAUCCCCACUACCUUCCUCCAGGGGGCUUCCUCCUGGUCAUCCCCACAACCUUCCUCCAGGGGGCUUCCUCCUGGUCAUCCCCACUACCUUACUCCAGGGGGCUUCCUCCUGGUCAUCCCCACUACUGUCCUCCAGGAGGCUUCCUCCUUGUCAUCCCCACUACCUUCCUCCAGGGGGCUUCCUCCUGGUCAUCCCCACUACCUUCCUCCAGGGGACUUCCUCCUGGUCAUCCCCACUACCUUCCUACAGGGGGCUUUCUCCUGGUCAUCCCCACUACCUUCCUCCAGGGGGCUUCCUCCUGGUCAUCCCCACUACCUUCCUCCAGGGGGCUUCCUCCUGUUCAUCCCCACUACCUUCCUCCAGGGGCUUCCUCCUGCUCAACCCCACUACCGUCCUCCAGGGGGCUUCCUCCUGGGGGCUUCCUCCUGCUCAUCCCCACUACCUUCCUCCAGGGGGCUUCCUCCUGCUCAUCCCCACUACCUUCCUCCAGGGGGCUUCCUCCUGGUUAUCCCCACUACCUUCCUCCAGGGGGUUUCCUCCUGCUCAUCCCCACUACCUUCCUCCAGGGGGCUUCCUCCUGCUCAUCCCCACUACCUUCCUCCAGGGGGCUUCCUCCUGCUCAUCCCCACUUCCUUCCUCCAGGGGCUUCCUCCUGCUCAUCCCCACUACCUUCCUCCAGGGGGCUUCCUCCUGCUCAUCCCCACUACCUUCCUCCAGGGGGCUUCCUCCUGGUCAUCCCCACUACCUUACUCCAGGGGGCUUCCUCCUGGUCAUCCCCACUACUGUCCUCCAGGAGGCUUCCUCCUGGUCAUCCCCACUACCUUCCUCCAGGGGGCUUCCUCCUGGUCAUCCCCACUACCUUCCUCCAGGGGGCUUCCUCCUGGUCAUCCCCACUAACAUCUUCCAGGGGGCUUCCUCCUGGUCAUCCCCACUACCUUCCUCCAGGGGGCUUCCUCCUGGUCAUCCCCACUACCUUCCUCCAGGGGGCUUCCUCCUGGUCAUCCCCACUACCUUCCUCCAGGGGGCUUCCUCCUGUUCAUCCCCACUACCUUCCUCCAGGGGCUUCCUCCUGCUCAACCCCACUACCGUCCUCCAGGGGGCUUCCUCCUGGUCAUCCCCACGACCGUCCUCCAGGAGGCUUCCUCCUGGUCAUCCACACACACCUUCCUCCAGGGGGCUUCCUCCUGGUCAUCCCCACUACCUUCCUCCAGGGGGCUUCCUCCUGGUCAUCCCCACUACCUUCCUCCAGGGGGCUUCCUCCAGGUCAUCCCCACUAACAUCCUCCAGGGGGCUUCCUCCUGGUCAUCCCCACUACCUUCCUACAGGGGGCUUCCUCCUGCUCAUCCCCACUACCUUCCUCCAGGGGGCUUCCUCCUGGUCAUCCCCACUACCUUCCUCCAGGGGCUUCCUCCUGGUCAUCCCCACUACCUUCCUACAGGGGCUUCCUCCUGCUCAUCCCCACUACCUUCCUCCAGGGGGCUUCCUCCUGGUCAUCCCCACUACCUUCCUCCAGGGGGCUUCCUCCUGGUCAUCCCCACUACCUUCCUCCAGGGGGCUUCCUCCUGGUCAUCCCCACUACCUUCCUCCAGGGGGCUUCCUCCUGGUCAUCCCCACUACCUUCCUCCAGGGGGCUUCCUCCUGGUCAUCCCCACUAACAUCCUCCAGGGGGCUUCCUCCUGGUCAUCCCCACUACCUUCCUCCAGGGGGCUUCCUCCUGGUCAUCCCCACUACCUUCCUCCAGGGGGCUUCCUCCUGGUCAUCCCCACUACCUUCCUCCAGGGGGCUUCCUCCUGUUCAUCCCCACUACCUUCCUCCAGGGGCUUCCUCCUGGUCAUCCUCACUACCUUCCUCCAGGUGCCUUCCUCCUGGUCAUCCUCACUACCUUCCUCCAGGGGCUUCCUCCUGGUCAUCCUCACUACCUUCCUCCAGGGGGCUUCCUCCUGGUCAUCCCCACUACCGUCCUCCAGGGGGCUUCCUCCUGGUCAUCCUCACUACCUUCCUCCAGGGGGCUUCCUCCUGGUCAUCCCCACUACCGUCCUCCAGGAGGCUUCCUCCUGGUCAUCCCCACUACCUUCCUCCAGGGGGCUUCCUCCUGGUCAUCCCCACUACCGUCCUCCAGGAGGCUUCCUCCUGGUCAUCCCCAAUACCGUCCUCCAGGGGGCUUCCUCCUGGUCAUCCCCACUACCCUCCUCCAGAGGGCUUCCUCCUGGUCAUCCUCACUACCUUCCUCCAGGGGGCUUCCUCCUGGUCAUCCCCACUACCCUCCUCCAGAGGGCUUCCUUCUGGUCAUCCUCACUACCUUCCUCCAGGGGGCCGAGGGGAGCUUCCUCCUCAGGGUCUUCUCCUCCUUGGUUUAUUUGGAUAG